CUUUAUCUAGGCUGAUCAGCUGACCGAAGAGCAGAUUGCUGAGUUCAAGGAAGCUUUCUCCCUAUUUGACAAAGAUGGCGAUGGUACCAUCACAACAAAGGAACUUGGAACCGUCAUGAGGUCACUGGGUCAGAACCCAACAGAAGCCGAAUUGCAGGAUAUGAUCAACGAGGUGGAUGCUGACGGUAAUGGCACCAUUGACUUCCCAGAAUUUUUGACUAUGAUGGCUAGAAAAAUGAAAGAUACAGACAGUGAAGAAGAAAUUCGCGAGGCAUUCCGAGUCUUUGACAAGGAUGGCAACGGUUACAUCAGUGCGGCAGAACUACGUCACGUCAUGACAAACUUAGGAGAAAAACUAACAGAUGAAGAAGUAGAUGAAAUGAUCAGAGAAGCAGAUAUCGAUGGAGACGGGCAAGUCAACUAUGAAGAAUUCGUACAGAUGAUGACUGCAAAGUGAAGACCUACUUUCAACUCCUUUUUUCCCCCCUCUAGAAGAAUCAAAUUGAAUCUUUUACUUACCUC